AAGCGUAAUAUGAAUCAUUAAAAAUACCGCAUUGCUAUUUUUCCGGUUUGCCAAACAAUGACCCCCAAUGUGUAGCGACAAUGAAUAUGCUGAGCAAAGACACCAUUUUGUUGAAAACGAAAAAAUUAAAAAAUCUGUGCGAGCAUGAGGAAAACAUAAACAGCGAACAUUUAAAGACCCUAAUAGAAAUAUUAGAAUACUUCUUCGAAACGUACAAUGAUUUUUUUUUAUCGUCCGUCGUGUGGGAGGUGGUUGAUAAAAUGAUAAUACUUGAAAACACAAUUGAAGAAAAAAAAAACAUCGAAGUGGACUUAAAAACCUCCAUAAAAUUCUGCGAAUUUAUUUUCAACAAAUUAAUCGCGUACACAAAUUAUGAAAGUGACAACCUGAAGUACUUCUUCAGCUUCAGUUUUUUGCGGCGCCACCUCUGCUCCGUCUUAAGUUCCUUUCUAAACUGUAGCAGCUCGUCCUUCCGGAGGAAAGUAGAGUCGUCCUUCACGACAGAGCUCUUAACCCUAACGAAGCAAAUCUUCGAAAAGAUAAAAGUCGAAAAUGAUCUGGAGCUGAAGGUCUGUUACACAGAAUUUUUGUGGAGGUCCUUCAGAAGGAUCGAUUUCGCUACUUUCAACAUAAAGGGGUUGCAUGCAAAUGUAAACGCGUUAGAAAAAUUGAAACAUUUUAAGAUUUUUAAGUUCGAUGAGGAGUGCAUAAAAUGGCUCAAGGAGGAAAACUACAUGGACAGGAAGAUCGUCGUUGAAGAUGGACUCUUCACCAUAAGGGGGAACCAAAAACACGACAACCCCGAAGAAGACGAAAAAUGCAAAAUAGAGGUCCCGUACUACCACAUCACUUCAGUAGACUUUGAGGGAAAGAAUGUAUUCACCCUGGAAUGCAAAGCUAUAAUAGACCAGACGAACAUAUUCAGCCUGUGGGGGCAAGACAUAAGGGACGCCGUCGACUACGAAAGCAUCAACAAGUUCAGCCUAUCGCUGGACGUCAAGAGAAAUUCGAAGGAGGUGCGGAGGUUCCUAGACAAAAUAUCUGUGAAGCUAAAGAAAGAGGCGAAGAAAAGCAAGAGGGAAGAUCACCAGACGAGGAGUCGUCAUGCUAAGGAGGAGAAGGACGACAGUGAUGGAACCACUGUCACUAGCGAAAACAACGCAAAGGAAAAGCUGAACGACAAGCUAUUCUUAUCUAAUGCUUCUGACACGGACCAGGACACAAGCGACAAACAGGCUAGACAUGGUGCGGGGAAAGGAGUACAAUCUUCCAAAGGUGAAGAGAGGAAGCAUACGAAUAAGAAGAAGAAAAAAACAAAAAAAAACGAGGCAAAGGGCGACAAACUAAAAUGUGAAAUAUCUUCAGAUGAGAAAAAUUAUACUAAGGGGUACAAAAUUGAAAGAGAGUUGAAGAAAAAAACGGACAGUGAAAGUCCUCUCGGGCACUACAAUUUGGGUUCAAACGACUCGGAGACCCACAUAGGAAGAAAGAAGGCCCGGGAAAGGGACAGCGACACCGAAGUGAUCAUCCAGAAAAUUAUUUCCCGCCAUAACGAAAAAAAGGAAAUUUUUAAAAAGGCCCUGAAGCAGGGCUUUUCCGACGCCCUCAACGAAAUAGACGGCAACAUUAAAGCGCUGGUCGAGAAACAAAAAAGUAGGCGGCACGAAUUUCACAAAAAAUAUGAAAAGAAAAAGAAGAGCAUGAUAAUCGUUAUGGAGAAGGAGAUAAGCAUGCUGACCAGGGAGAUAAACGCUUUAACCGAGUCCUUGAAGAAAAUCGGCGUGAACAGAAAUGAAGUGCUAAAGCUGCAUGAAGAGGGGAAGUGCAUCUUAUCGUCCAGCGAAUUGUUACAAAAAAGUCAGGCAGUUAUAAAGGUACGUAUUCAUACGCGUUGUAAAUGCAAAGUUUCGAUGGGUCCAACAUGGUGGGCAUCCAUUUUCGAGAGCGCUCUACUGGGAAGGUGCCUGCAUGUGUAUUCAUGCGUACUCAUAUAUACUCAUCAUGCGUCAUCACGCGCACUCAUACGUCCUCACGCAUCCUCAUGUGUGUGGUGGGAAACUUCCUGCUGUCCCCUUUCACAGAAGGUAAAAGAAAGUUUGCAAAAAAUGAACAGUAACAUAAUUGGAAAGGAAAAGGAGUACAACAAGCGAAAGAAGUUAUGCUUUAAGGCCUUGGCCACGGCGUAUGAAUAGCUGACGAGGGAAGAUGCUUCCUCACACUUUCCAUUCUGGAGCUUCUACAUUUGCGCAGAUGCCCCAUUUGUGGGGUUCAUUUUAAGGUGGCACCCUUAAAUGGGUGGCUCCUACGCGUACGCCUUUGCACAUUUGGGCCUCACAAGCUGAUGCUUUGCCCCGGUUGUAAUGUGACAAAGUUAAUUUUUUCCUUCCGCUCCUGUUCGUACUUAGCCAACCGAUUCCACAGCUCCGUC